AUUCUUUAGGCUUAGCGUGGUCUAGUCUAUGGUCUCCGCCUUCGCCCAUACGGGAAUAGGUCAAAUAUUUUUUCGGAACUUUCUCUUAGCUCGAUCAUACGCCUUAACCACGAAGAACGCAUAACCCUGUCCUGUUGCGGUUGAGUUGCCAUGUGUCGUUUGGUUGGAUUUCAUUUUUUGAGGGGGAUGCGUGUGUGGUUUUUCGUUUUUUUUAUAUCCGGUGUAUAAGAAAGGUGUUAUUUGUAAUAUUAGACGGUGUGGUUGUAACAAGUGAGUGUCUUUGUUCGAUUAUGUGGGUGUGUCUUCAGGGUAGAUAAAUUAUUGAAUUGGCACCUCUACAGGAACUGCUCUGUGAUUGGCUGGCGCAACUUCCCGGCAUUUCUUGCGGCUUGCAUGUGUUUUGUCGCUCGAAUUAGGACUUUAUGGCCAAUAUUUGAUUUCAUUAAAUUGACUUGUAUUUAGCAAAUAUCCAAGUGCUUGAGGAUUGCACAUACGCCAAAAUUGUAAUGGUAUAAAUCAGUCUGAGAAUAAUGGUACAGGAUAUGAUCGCUCGCCCGUUUUCACUUUCAAGUAAACCAAUUUCUUUUUGAUUCGUACAGGCAUGGCGCCCUGUUCAACCGCGAUUAAAGACGUAACAUCUCCACCAAUACUUACUCUAUCACCAAAUCCUCUUCAAAUUCAACGAGAAGGGAAAUAAAAUAAAUCCACAUGGCUGCAAAUGAUAAUGUGUGUAAACGCGUCCGGGUGUGUUCAGCAGCAGGUCGGCGGUCCAUGUAGGUUUACAGGUCAUGAGCGCGCGAGUCCAGCGAGAGAGACUAUAUAAACCCCAGUAUGAAUACGUUCAACUCUGCUAGCGUCAACCAUUCGGUGUCUGGCUACAGUGCGGCGCGGACCUCCUUGUAUACACACACUUACAAUCAUGAAGCGAACUUUAUUGCUGUUGGCCCUCGUGCUGGGCAUGGCCGUCGCUGAGGAGCAGGAGGAGGGCAGAGCUGAUGUCCUCAAGUUGGCCAAGAAAAUCAGCCUUCUUGCGCCCCUCGGCAGCCUCUUUGAAAUCGCCAUUCAGAUCGUGAUCCUCGUCGCCCUCGUCCUCCUGAUCGCAACCCUCAAGCCUUCCGUUGAAAACGCCUUUGGAAGCGACUACGACUACGGCUACGCCACCGGCUACUACCCCGGCUACGAGACUUCUGGCUACGACGUCGGCGUCAGCGGCAGCAGCUACACCUCCACCGGUGGCGGCGCCGGCGGUGGCCACUACAAGAGGUCCGCCGAGACUCCCUCGUUCAUGAACCUGCCCAUCGUCCAGCGGCUGGCUGCCCGCGUCCACGAGGCCAUCGAGAACUACGACUUCUAAGAUGCAGCUCCGGGUGGACUCGGGGAGGCUCGGCAUCUCCCGCGGCCGAAGGCGUCCCUCGCGAUGGCCGAGGCUGCCGAAAUAUUGCCGAAAACAAAAGAGAAUCUUGUCAAGUGCCUGCAAGUCCGUGUCCCGCCACCCCAGGCCCUUCAGCCACUCCCCGACGGGGCAUCCGCCUGGAGGCGCUGUGUCGCUGGCUCGACACUCCUCCAGCAUUGCAUAGAUAUAUUAUAUAUAUUUAUUUCCCAUUUGUUGUAACACACUAAUGUUUGUUUAAGUUUUUCGGACAGACAUUAGACAGACGAUAGAACACCGGAAGGACAGCACAAACUGCGUGAGACAAACAGCUCAACGUAUAGAAUGAUUGACCCCGACUCUGAACACCAACGCUCACCUUCUGACCCCCAACCGCACUUCCCGGCGAUUACAUUUGACAACUUCCCCCCCCACCCCCCACCAAACCCUAACGAUACAACUUCAUCCCCCUCUCUGCCGAACUUCAAAUGAGUCAAUCACCAUAGCUUUACAGUACGCAUGUGCCAGAUUCCUUAUAGUCACGAUUAACUGUGAUGCCAAUCAGGGUACGUUAGUCAGCUAGUUUUCGUACUAGAAAUCUCAGUAUUUCUGUAGCUCUCUGUAUAGUGGACGUUAGACCUCCAGACACCUGACACUUCGUAACCAAGACCCGUAGGAACUUCAUCAAUGUUCACAGACCCAGCGGAGUAGCAUAUUCUAAGGACCUGACUCAUUCAUAGACAAACUGACAGACGCUUUCCGCUGCAGACAAACAAUUCUCUUUGUCACAUACGGCUUCAGUGACAAAGAAAAUCCCUAUCGACGAGACAAAAAAAUACAGGACCGACUACAUUGAUUGAAAAAUGUUCCUACAUCACAACCCACGACUGACCAAAGUUUGUGUUGUUAUUUGUAAAGUUUUACGACUUGCUUUGUACAGUUGACGCUAGACCAUGCACCCGUGUAUGUAUUAUUUUUGUAAAUGGACUGUGUUAUUUAUUUAUUUAUUUUUGUAUUCUACUUUUAGGCAAUAAAUAUUGUUAAGUUAUUUCUA